GAAGAAGUAGUGGAAUGCGGGCUGCAACCCAUUAAAACCAGCGAACGUUUGUAAAGGAAGGAAGAGCGAAACAAAAAGGCGGGCAUAUCGGCGGCGGCGGCGGCGGCGGCGGAUGGACAUGUCGCCCGACGGAAAGAGCGAUUGCCGCCUCCGCAGCGGGGCGUACCUCGGCGAAAUCUCCGCCCUAUGUGUCGCCGACUUUCCUCCUCAUCUCUCUUAUCCUCCUUACCUACUCGCCGGGACGGGUUCGGAGCUUCUACUCUAUGAUUCGGGAACGGGAGAAUUGGUUGAAUCGUUUCACGUGUUCCAAGGCAUUCGAGUGCAUGGAAUUGCUUGUAGAUCUUUUAGUGGCAAAGGCGAAUCCUCGUCGUCUCAGCUUGAGUUCAAGAUUGCUGUGUUUGGGGAAAGAAAGCUGAAAAUGUUUACUUUGUGCACUGACACGGAGUUGCUGGCCGGAGAUCAGCCACCUGCAGUAACUCGUUUCAGCUUAUUCCAGUCGUUACCGAAAUUUAGUCAUUGGGUUUUAGAUGCUUGCUUCUUGAAGGACUAUGCAGGUUCUCUGCUCGAAGGAAGUAAUUGUCUUGCUAUAGGGUGCAGUGACAACUCCGUCUACAUCUGGGAUUACCUGAGACAAAGAGUAAUUUUUGAAGUCAGAUGCCCAGAUAAGUGUCUUUUAUACUCCAUGCGUAUUUGGGGUGAUGAACUUGAAGCUCUUCGUAUUGCAUCUGGUACGAUCUACAAUGAGAUUAUUGUGUGGAAAGUGCUUCCUCACAACUGCGUUUCCUUGGAAAACCCUGUUAAACUGAUCAGUUCAUUGGGCAAAGAUCUCCAUCUUCGUGGUCAACAAUAUGAAACUGUUUCUAUGUGUCGACUUGCUGGACACGAGGGUUCCAUAUUUCGCAUUGCUUGGUCCCAUGAUGGAUCCAAACUGGUAUCUGUCUCUGAUGAUCGUAGUGCUCGUCUCUGGGAAAUUCAUGCUGAAAGGAAAGAACCAGAUACAGUGGAGAUACUUGUCUCUCACUCAAUUGGCCCUGUACUAUUUGGACACACUGCUCGGGUUUGGGACUGCUGUAUAUUUGAUUCUGUAAUAGUCACUGCUGGCGAGGAUUGUACAUGUCGCAUAUGGGGACUGGAUGGUAACCAGCUUAAGAUAAUAAGGGAGCAUAUUGGGCGGGGAAUAUGGCGAUGCACGUAUGUUCCAAACUCUUCACUUCUUAUUACUGCAGGGUUUGACUCUGCAGUAAAAGCACAGAAGCUGCACACUUCUCCUCUCAAAAACCCAGAGAGUUGUGUUGAGGACAUAAAAGAGCUCCCUGGAAAAACGAAGUUUCUCACUGUUCAUAUCCCACGUCCAUCAGAGUAUAUAGGACCAAUGGACAGCAAAAGUGAAUAUGUAAGGUGCUUGCAUUUUGCACGUGAAGACACCCUUUAUGUUGCCACAAACAAUGGUUACCUGUACCAUACUAAACUAUUUGACACGGGAAAUGUAAAAUGGACCAAACUUGUCCAGGUCAAUGAAGCAGUACCAAUUGUUUGUAUGGACCUGUUAUCAACAAGUUCAUCUGACUAUCCUAGCACAACUGAAGAUUGGGUUGCUGUUGGAGAUGGUAAAGGGCACAUGACUGUUGUCAGCAUUAUCAAUGAUGCUCAUACUCCUAAAGUCAGCUUCACUUUUACCUGGUCAGCUGGACCAGAGAGACAACUCUUGGGUACCUAUUGGUGCAAGUCACUUAGUAGUAGAUUCAUCUUUACCUCUGAUCCUAGAGGAAUGCUGAGGUUAUGGAGGUUAAGAGAUUCAUUGCAAUCUGUUUCACACAGUUCAAGGCAAAGGUGUGAUGUGUUGCUAAUAGCUGAGUUUAAAUCGUGCUUUGGAAUACGAAUAAUGUGUUUGGAUGCAUCUUUUGAAGAGGAGGUGCUGGUCUGUGGAGAUCUCCGUGGUAAUUUGGUGUUAUUCCCUUUGGCAAAGGACCUGUUGAAUACAUCUGUUGCAUCAGAAGUGAAAAUAUCUACCUUAAAUUAUUUCAAAGGAGCACAUGGAAUAUCAAGUGUAUGCAGCAUUGCAGUAACUAAUUUCAGUUCCAAUCAAGUUGACAUACACUCGACUGGAGGAGAUGGGUGCAUAUGCUACAUGGAAUAUGAUAGAGAUCGGCAAAGCUUGGAAUUUUUAGGGAUGAAACAAGUGAAAGAAUUGAGUCUGGUUCAAUGUCUCUUUGAUAGUACCUUCUCUGAUGAUUCAAGUAGCAGUUAUGCAAUAGGCUUUUCAUCAACUAACUUCCUGAUAUGGAACUUAAUGACCGAAGCAAAGAUUGUUCAAGUUCCCUGUGGUGGAUGGCGUAGGCCCUACUCCUAUUAUCUUGGGGAUGUGCCUGAAACACAGAACUGCUUUGCAUUUGUCAAGGAUGAAGUCAUUCAUAUUCAUAGGUACUGGAUACUGGACACUGAGAGGAAGAUAUAUCCUCGCAAUCUGCAUUUGCAAUUCCAUGGGAGAGAGACGCAUUCCAUAUGCUUUGUUUCUGAAGAUUCACUGUCUAGUUCAAAGCAAGUUCUCUUUUCUAAAUCCUGUUGGGUUGCGACUGGGUGUGAAGAUGGAACUGUGAGGCUGACUAGGUACGAUUCAAGCAUUGAGAAAUGGUCUGCAUCGAAACUUCUUGGGGAACAUAUUGGAGGAUCAGCAGUGAGGUCUAUAUGUUUUGUGUCAAAAGUACAUAGAAUUGCAACAGAUGUGACUGCCAUGCCUGAUGGGAUAAAUGCACAAACUUUUCCUUUUGAUGAUAGAGAGAAUCCUAGCUUAUUAAUUUCUGUUGGUGCAAAGCGAGUCCUUACUUGUUGGAAACAAAAGAAUGGAACGACAAAAUUCAAGGAAGAAGCUGCAGUAAUCAGCCUAGAUUCUGGAGCCGGAACUGGUUUGAAGCAUUCAUCGGGGAUGUUGUCAACAAUGUCAUUCCAGUGGCUUUCCUCUGACAUGCCAACUAAGUCCUGCAGCACCUGUGAUACCAGAGGGAACUCUGAGAAAGAUGUAGGAGCAGCUGAGAAUGUUUUUGGUUCCAGGGCAUCUCACUUGGCGCCUAUUCCAGAUGACAGGAUGAGGGAAUCACAAAACUAUGAAAAUGAUUGGAGAUACCUGGCUGUUACAGCUUUUCUUGUUAAAUCUGCUUACUCCAGGUCAACUGUCUGCUUUGUUGUUGUCGCAUCUUCAGAUGCCACACUCACAUUACGAGCUCUCUUGUUACCCUAUAGGCUGUGGUUUGAUAUUGCAUCAUUGGUUUCCCUGUCAUCACCUGUUCUGACACUCCAGCAUGUCAUUGUUCCUAUGGGUUUGCCAUCUGAAGACAAUGUUCACACUGGAAGCUUGUAUCUUGUAAUUAGUGGAUAUACUGAUGGGAGUAUUGCCUUUUGGGAUCUGACUGAAAGAGUCGACAAUUUUAUCCAGUCAGUUUCAGAUUUUCAAAUAGAAAAAUCAAUAGAUUGUCAGAGAAGGCCACGCACUGGAAGGGGAAGCCAAGGUGGACGGUGGUGGAAAGCAUUAGGCGGCAGCUUUGCUUCUAAAAGCCCAUGUGAUAAUUUGAGCACGGGUAGAACAGUUGAUAAAAGUGACCGGAGUAUGCUAAAAACUUUUGAAUGUGGAACCCCAUCAAAGUUUAUCCGUCCUGAUACAUGUGCGGCAACUAAUGAUCACUGUAGUUAUAUUGCUCCUCUUGCACAAGGGAAAACAAAUGAUUCCUCACUGGAAUCAUGCAUGAUAUCGCCGUUACAAGUUCUGAGUAAUGUUCAUCAAUCUGGGGUCAAUUGUCUUCACGUUUCAAAUGUCCAUAAUACUAUAGAUUCCAAUUUUGGCCAUCUGUACCAUGUUGUAAGUGGAGGUGAUGAUCAAGCAAUUGACUGUUUACUGUUUGAUUUGCAAAUACUACCAUUAAGCUCCUAUCCCAAUAACAAGGACCGGGAAAUCGGGAACGGUGUCAGGAAAUGUGAAAAUACUAUCAGCUUGGUUAACUGUGGCCACAACCAAAAUUACAUUAUGAGAGUUUUAUGCCAUGAAACAGUCACCUCAGCUCACAGCUCUGCCGUAAAAGGAAUUUGGACGGAUGGGUGCUGGGUGUUCUCAACUGGUCUUGAUCAGCGCAUCCGGUGUUGGCGCCUUGGGGAGCAUGGGAAGCUCGUCGAGCAUACCCAACUAAUCAUUAGUGUGCCAGAGCCUGAAUCACUGGAUGCUAGAGCCUGUGACAAAGACUCUUAUCAAAUUGUAGUAGCUGGAAGAGGGAUGCAGAUGGUGGAGUUCUCGACCUCUUCUCCCAAGGAAGACGAAGACUGAACAUGCCCCUGACUGAAAGUCAUGCUCAAAUCCAGACAUUUUGGUCUGAAUUCAAUAACUAACAUGGCUGCUGUCCCCCAGCUUUGUGGCGAAGAACUCAAGUCAGAGUUUUCCAGGCUCUUCUAAAGACCAGCCCUGCGCGUCACCGUGAACAUUUUCAGUCAAAGGCUCUCUAUAGAAUAGUUUUGUUCAAUUUUGGUGUCUGAUCGUACUGCCAUUUUAGAUUGUUGCUUUUGCUUUUAAUAAUCAUAAUGCCUCUGACUGAAAGGCAUGCUCAAAUCCAGAGAUUUUGGUCUGGAUUCAAUAACUAACAUGGCUGCUGUCCCCCAGCUUUGCGGCGAAGAACUCAAGUCAAAGUUUUCCAGGCUCUUCUAAAGACCAGCCCUGCGCGUCACCGUGAACAUUUUGAGUCAAAGGCUCUCUAUAGAAUAAUUUUGUUCAAUUUUUGUGUCUGAUCGUACUGCCAUUUUAGAUUGUUGCUUUUGCUUUUAAUAAUCAUAAUUAACAAAA